AACCAGGCAGCCCACGCCUCGAAAAGCGGCUUGUUCCGGCUUGCCCCUUUACAUCUUUUUAUCCUUGCUCACAACGUUAAAAUAGUGCCCCACGCCGCUCAUCCGACCAUUAUUCACAAACGUUUUUGUUGAACCGUCGGAGGGUUAUCAAAACCGCAUCUCGGACAGAGUAUGCGUGAAGCGUAGCGGUGCAGCAGCUCUCUGCCUGUGCAGCCCGGCGGUGAGCGGCGCAGUUCAGGCACCAUCACCGGCGGAGCGAUACCACCAUCUCCUCUCCCCGGUUUGUCAAACCGAGAGCGUGUGGCUCGCUGUACCUGAGCGAAUGUGUCCGUCAUAUACUGCCGGAAAGAGGGGCAGCGGAUCAAAACUGGACCAAGGGACCUGUCUCUAAUGCUCUGAAAUGCAGUGCCAUAUCCCUCUCGCAUUAAGAGUUAUCUCCCGGGGCUGGCUGCUGCGGUUGUUUUGCAACUGAUGAAGAUUUUUUCAUUAUAUUUUUGAUGCGUUUCAUUGGAUGUCUGUGAAUAUGUUUAUUCUGGUGCUCUGGUGUAGUGCGUGAGUCAUCGUCGGCAGUGGCGAGCAGAAGCUGUUGUCGGAGCUCGUUGACAUGCAUACCCCCUGAGCUCAGCGAAGCCUCCCUCAGUGGUGUGGUGGCAGGAUGCCAGUGCAGGCGGCCCAGUGGACAGAGUUCCUGUCCUGUCCCAUCUGCUACAAUGAGUUUGACAGCAGCGGCCACCAGCCCAUCAGCCUGGGCUGCUCCCACACAGUGUGUAAGACCUGCCUACACAAACUGCACCGCAAGGCCUGCCCCUUUGAUCAGACACCAAUCAGCACCGAUAUCGACCUGCUGCCGGUCAACUGUGCCCUGCUGCAACUGGUUGGAGCUCAGGUCCCAGACGUGCAGCCGGUGAGCCUGAGCACUGCAGCAGAAGUUGAGAACUACGAGGUGUGCAGGGUGUGCGUGGAAGAGCUGGCUCUCUACCUAAAACCAAUCAGCGGAGCAAAAGGUGUGGCGACUCUGAGUCCGAGUGUGCUCAGUCGGCCAAUGCAGAGGAAGCUGGUGACCUUGGUGAACUGCCAGCUGGUGGAGGAGGAGGGCCGUGUGCGGGCUGUGCGGGCAGGCCGGUCGCUGGGGGAACGAACCGUAACCGAGCUUAUCCUGCAGCACCAGAACCCCCAGCAGCUCUCUGCCAACCUCUGGGCAGCGGUGAGGGCACGGGGCUGCCAGUUCCUGGGACCUGCUAUGCAAGAAGAUGGACUGAAGCUAGUUUUACUGGCUCUGGAGGAUGGCUCAGCUUUGUCCAGGAAGGUGUUGGUUUUGUUUGUAGUCCAAAAACUUGAGGCUCGGUUCCCCCAGGCCUCCAAAACCAGCAUAGGCCACGUGGUGCAGCUUCUCUACAGGGCCUCCUGCUUCAAGGUGACUAAGCGUGAUGAGGACUCCUCACUGAUGCAGCUGAAGGAAGAGUUUCGGACAUACGAGGCUCUAAGGAGAGAACAUGACGCUCAGAUCGUCCACAUCGCCAUGGAGGCGGGCCUACGAAUUUCACCUGAGCAGUGGUCUUCCCUGCUGUACGGAGACCUGGUCCACAAGUCACAUAUGCAGUCCAUUAUUGACAAGUUGCAGUCUCCAGAGUCGUUUGCAAAGAGCGUUCAGGAGCUGACAAUCGUCCUGCAGAGGACAGGAGACCCUGCUAACCUCACAAGCCUUAGACCACACCUAGAGCUACUAGCCAACAUCGACCACAACCCAGAUGCCCCGGCACCAUCGUGGGAGGAGCUGGAAAGUGUGAUGCUGGCAGUGAAGUUGGUGGUUCACGGACUUGUGGAAUUCAUACAGAACUUCAGCAAGAAGAGCCACGACACUCCACAGCCUCAGGCGAACAGCAAGUACAAGACCAGCAUGUGCAGAGACCUUCGUCAGCAGGGAGGCUGUCCCCGAGGAACCAACUGUACAUUUGCACACACACAGGAUGAGCUGGAGAAAUUUAGACUGAGGAACAAGAAGAGCAACAGUGUGGGCCGUGCGUUCCCUUUAGCGCCGGGGGUUAUGGGUAAAACCUUUACCAUGGAGGGCAGCAUCCACACAGAUGUGUCUGCAGGAGUGGGGCAGGGGCUCAAAGGCACAGGGGAGAAUACAGCCACCCUGACAGAGGGAGUGCCUGGACUGACUCACCCCCAACUGAUCUCCAGAGGGGCUGACAUGAUGGAGGAAAUGAAGAGAGUGAUGCCAAAUGGAUCCAAUGGGGCUAACGGGUCCAACGGGCUAUCUGGGACCAACAGAAACAUAUCAGGGUCAACUGAACAGAAGUCCAUCUCUCCUCCCAGGACUCCAGUCAGCCACUCCUCAGCGUCGUCUCCCUUGACAACAGCUGGGCGGGGUGAUAGUGGCGCUCCUAUGCCCAAACAUGGUCAGUUUGUGCUGCGUGCACCGCAUCCUUCUCAGGCAUCAGAGCUGUACUAUCAGGAGCCCCACUCUGCAUAUGACACGCCCCAUUAUCAAGCAACCUCAGGUUCCUAUUACCCAUCUAGUCUUCAUCCUCCUCACAAACACUGCAUGGCUCGGUUCCUUCGAUCCUCCAACGUCCCAGAAUCCUCUCUGCCGCCUUCGAUUGGCCCUCCACCAUCUUCCUACCCCAGUGACCCUCAAAUGUCACACCCACCAUCCUCCUCAUCGUCGGGGUACCCACCACACCCGCCUAGAGAUCGGAUGGGACCUCCUGCCUUCCAUACCCACCCGGGGCAGCCUCAGUAUGGGCCUCUGGCGGCUGCUCAUGGUGUUUAUGCUCCCCUCUAUGACAGCAGGAGAGUAUGGAGGCCUCAGCUGUACCACAGAGAGGAUGCCAGGAGUAACUCACUGCCCCCAGAGGUGCUGCAUUCCUCCGUCUACCAGCCUCCACUCAGGGAGAGAUUCAACUCUCUAGACAGCAACUACUGCUCUGGAGCUGAACACCGUGCAGGGCUACACAGGGAUUAUGGCCGUGUUCCUCUGGGCUACGAGGAUCUGUUCAGAAGGAAGCAGGAACAGUGGGCUCAUCAUCACCACCAUCACGGCGCCAGCAGGCCCUCCCAGUCCUCCCCCAUCUUCACCAUCGAUUUUGGAACUGAGCACGUGGAGAGCAGUGGAGGCCAGUGCGUGGGUUGCAGGUUCAGAGGCGAUGAAAGUUUAGCGCACUACUCUCCGUGGUCCUGUGGUACCAUCGGCCCCUGUCUCAGCCCCUUUGAGCCUGAAACACUCACACACACCUCGGCUCACUCCUGCUCAGAGCGCUCGGAGUUGGAUAGUAACGGAGGUGGAGGUGGUGGCGUUAGCAGUAGUGGUGUCGGGAAGCGAUGGCUGCAUUCAUUGGAUCACUACCGGCGCUUGAAAGACGAGGACCCGAUCAUUCCCUUCAGUGAGGGGCCCAUUAUCUCCAAGUGGGGUGCCAUAUCCAGGGCAUCUCGCACGGGCUACCACACCACCGACCCUGUCCAAGCCACGGCCUGCCAGGGCAGUGCUAACACCACACCCAUCAACUUUAAAGAUUACAACCCCCACUUGGAUCACAGCGACUACAGGUGGAGCUCCAGAGGAUCAGACUCUUCUAGCCACUCCAGUUUCCUAGAGAGUGAGCAGCUUUGUGCAUCAGAGCUCCACGUCCGUCAAACUUCAAUAAGCAGUGGAGAGAAAAUCAUGUCUGAUCUGCAAGUCCGUCAGACCGCCUACUGCCAGGAUCGGGACCGGGUUGAGAGCGAACUGGACCCGGAUCGGGACAUUGAGCUGGAACUGUGCGCUCUUGACAUGGAGGAUUCAGACCACCAGGAGAUCAAGUCUCAGGAGUCUUUAGACCUGUCUGCCCCACAGUCUCAGGAUACUUCCCACCUUCUCCCACCUCCCUGCUCCUCUCCCCUCCUCUCUUCUCCUGUAGAGGAGCACCUCCGAACAGAGGGUCCUUCGACAGAAAAGGUGGAUGCUCACCUGCUGAAAAAGAUGGCCUUCAGGAAGUCUUUGUCUCCUGGAGGGUUGGUCUCAGGAGGUAUGGGCGUUGGCAAGCUGGUGCUGCGGACUGGACCUCCUCGACUGGGGGACGCUCCAACGCGGGCUUGUCCUGAAACACCCAUGACAGAGAUGCUUCUCAAUGGAAGCUAAGGGGAGACAAAGUCAGACAUUGAACUGUACCAAUCUAGAAAUGAGUCGCUUGCCCACAACCAGAUCCUGGUUAAAGGAAUACCAUUUAAUUCCAGCCUUCAUACAUGUCAAUCAUAUUCCUAAAUAAAACUUGACAGAUAUGGGUCAACAGUCUGUGCUGUACCACAUCGUAAGGGGCAAGCAAAAACACAUUUUCCUGCCUCCCAAGUGGUGAUUUCCAUCAAUGUACAGCUCCACAGAGAAUUUAUUGAUAUCACUGUUUAUGACUAGUAAGGUACAUGGCCAGUUUGCUCUCACAGUAGAUGCUGAACUUGUCCAUGUUUGCAUUUUCAACCCCAGUCACAUUUAAGAGAAAGGCUGGCGAUCACACAGCAUCUUCACCACAUGAUUGCUCACUUAACAUGACAUUGUACUCCUGAGGUUUACACAUCAUCUAGUUUGCUGUCAUUCAACAUGGCUGACAAAGACAGACUUAUGUUUGAUAGGACUUUCACAUGGUCUGUCAGACAGAAAAAGCCAAAUUUCUAAUAAAUGAAUUACUCAAUUAUUUCCAUAAGCAUCCUUACAUAGCAAUGCCCUCAUCCAGCUCGAUGCUACUGGUUUAGUUAAUAGCCUUUGUUUUAUUGCUGCAUAACACAUUUUAUAGAAGUAUUCCCUGAAAAAUCAAGAGAUAUACAUUAUGAUACUGAGAACAAAAACGGGUAAGGCACUCCAAUCCUCCGAGAAAAUAAAAAACAGAGGACUUCACUAUGCUGAUACUCAAACAAGUCUCUGUCUUUUAUUAGUCAAAUGACCUUUUCAGUGGUGUUCUCUGAAUUCCCUGUCAUGAGAUCACAGAGCACAACACAGUCAUAAAUAGAAUUUGUAACAGAUCAUUGAUCACUGGAGGUAAAAUGAUCAGUGGAGGUCAGGAGGGAUGACAACAAAACAAAGAUGUGUGUAAACGUUUUUUUAUCCAUACUAUAAUACCUUUAGCCUCUUUUCUUAGCUGACUCAUACGGCAUAGCUAAACAAUACACAGCAAUUCUUUUUGGAACAGAAAUGUGUAUUUUCAGCUUCAGAAGAAGCUAAUUUAGUAGAUUUCUAUAAAAGCUGCAUUAACACACAGUCAAUCUUAAAAACUACUCUUUUAUCUUUGUGUGCCUGUAGUGGUUCUGGCAUUGAAUCCUGCUGACUGUGAGUUAGGAACAGUCUCAUUGCUCUCACACACAUACACACGCAGUACAUGUGUGCACAAACCACAAAUCAUUCACACACAGUAGACACAAACAUGCAAUACAGUGGCCUUUCUCUCCUUGGUGUUAUAUAGAAUCUAAACAUUGGGCUUUACAAUGACUUUUGUCCAUGCCCACCGACAGACUCCAGUGCUGUUCGGAGGUGUUAUCUUUCACGUAAAUGUGAUCUCAGAAACUGGAAACACUGGAAAUCACAUUUUUGUAAGCCCGUGGCAUUUUCUGUGUUUUCCAGUCUGGUCAGCUUUACGUAAAAUGUAAACAAUAUUCAGAGGUCAUGCAUGAUGUUUCAAGCUGAAGCCUACAAAAGCGAGGGACACCACUUCUUGUGUUUCUUCAUGCUAUAUCUUUGUUUAACUUUAAAUUUAAAUUUUUUUUAUGCAUUGCUAACUUCUGUGAAGUUGUUUGUCGGGGUAUUUUGUAUCAGGAUCUUUGUUACUCUUGUUUUGUUGCUAUAUUUUACAUUACAGAGACUAAACUGAUCGCCCAUUCUAAUGUUCCUCUGUGUUCGCUGGCCAUCAGUACGCUGUCUAGUACACUGUAAUUAUGUGCAGUAUCCAUGCAGCCCAGCAUCGUGUCAUGUGUGGCUUAGUCUUAAUGACUUUAAUAAAUAACAUGAAAACAUUAACCCAUUUUAGAUAUACAGGAUUUAAAGUCAUGAAGACUCUGAGUUUGUUUACACCUAUUCUAAAUCUUAUGAGAUUUGUGUAGAAUGAGAAGACUAAUCUUUGAAUCUUUCAAGCUUCCUUUUUAAUUUCCUCUCACCUAAGCUACUGUACCUUUUCAGCAGCAAUGUCUUUCCUCUCAGAUUAUACAUUAAAUCCCAUUUUAGAGGAUGGCAGAGUGGCCGUACAUGUGAGGGUUGCUUAUUGAGUUUCAAGUUAAAACUUUAUUAACCUGAAUGAACAAUGAAAUAGUGGACCGGUAACCUUUCUGGGGGUUUUCUCCUAUCUUCCACUCAACAUAUAAGGUUAAGUGGGUAGACAAAGUGAACAAUUGGACUGAACAAUUCAGUGUAACUUGAUGUGAUAAUACUCAACUGAUUGAAAACUCUCCAGUGUUUUGUAGGGUUCAUUUCUGAAAUCAAAAGGCAAGAACUGGCGCAGGGAUUUAGCUGCUCCAAGUUGUGAAAUUAGCUCAGCUACCUACUGUCGCUCUGCAUCUGUUUACAACUUCACCUUUGAAGUCAUGUAACGUUAAGUGCCAUGAUGUGUACAGUACAGUACAAUCAAUCCCUGCAAUUUUCCUGUAGCUUUUCAUAUUCCUCUACUGUAAACUAUAUGAGGAGGGAAAGGCUCAGUCAAGUGUGAGGAGUGAGAUGCUUCUCUUGUAGUUCUGCUUUGUUCCAUUAGAGGAGGCUAGAUCCUUGUCUGUCUGAAUCGCUCAGGGAAGUAGCUCAGUUACUUUGGCUUUUUCUAUAUUCAUCACUUAAAUAUUCUGUGGAAGUAUUUACCUUAAUUUCACUUGCUGAUAACUGGCCCUUUCAUCCAAAGCAUAAAUGGGUUAAAGUGUUACGCUGAUUAUAUUAUUUUCCAGUGUUUACUUUGCCAGUGUUUUAUUUUGCCUCUCAGUAUCAAUAUUGGCUUUGCUAUUCCUGUUCUCAUGGGAGAGGGCUGGGCACUACUGUGUGUAAAAUCAGUAAUGUGAUAUUGAACUAAUGUCAAACUGAUACUCCGUUUUCUUUAAAGUCUCUGUAGAGCACUGCUGUAGUGGCUAAUUGCACUGCACUAAUUCCCACCCCAUCACUGCCAGCGGGUGCACUCUGUCAGUAAGUGCCCCCCUCCUCCCCCCUAAACUUUUCUUCGCCCCAUCCUCCCUGCAUCCUGCGUCAUGCAUGCGAUAUAGUCCCUCUUGUGAUGGCGGAGGAGUAUUGAUAAUUCUGUAGUUGUGAUACAACACACCCAGCGCUGUAAGAGUUCUGCACAUGCCCACUGUGUGGCCACGUCAAGUGCUGAAGUUUGCUUGCAGCAUUUUACUUGUUUGCUCAUGAAAAUUAAUUCUUGUUUAGUAGAGAUUAUAUUAUUAUUAUGACCAUUAUUGUUAUUGCCACAUUUGGUUAUUGUUGUGGUAUUUUUCCUUCUUGUUAUAUUCUAAGUCUGCUUCUUUGUUUUGAAUUUGAGAAUUUGCUGAAACUGUUGAAAUUUUUUAUUAGACAAGAAAGUGUCUCAUUAUUCUAUAUUCUAUGGGGGGGGGGGCCUGUUUGUUGAUUGUGAAACAUAUGAUGAACUGAUGUUUUCUGACUAUUCAUGUCUGUAUUAGACAUUUUAUUUGCAAAUCUAUUGUUCGAUUGAAAUGUAAAUGACCUAUUAAGAGAUGGUACACAUCCGUCAUUGUAUACAGUCUGGCACCAUCAUUUGAUGGACUUAUAGCAUAGACGCUCAUUUAUACAACCUGUGAUAAUCAGAUAUAUAUUUAAAUGUUUAAAUCAUUGGGGCAGUUGUGUAAUGUUUCAGAAUGAGGAAAAUAAAAUCCUUAAGAGACAGCAUAUCUAAAACAUCCCCAUAAUGAAUAAUACUGUUACGUAUUCCAUUUAUUUCCUCGGAAAUAUCACAUUGUGAAAGGUUUCCCUUUUACUUACUGUAAGUUAAUGCAGGACUGGAGUAAGUCUAACCUAUGGUGAUAAUGAUUUAUGUGCUAUUAAUGAUUGAUGGAACUGUUUUAGUAUUGUUUGACUGACUGUGCAUUUUUGGGCUUGUUCAUCUGUAUCACACUGACUCACAGACAGCUUGGCCGAGCAGCAUACUGCUUCUGUGUUGCACUGAGAGAUAGAAUUAUGAAAAGGAAGAUUUCAGCACAUGAAAUUGCAUGCUACAAUAAACAAAUAACAAAUAA